AUGGCAACAUCCUUAACUACUACAGAUAAUGUAAUUUCUGAUGAUGAAUUAAUUAAAUCAAAGCAAGAACAUAAUCGUUAUGUUAAUUCAUUCAAUCCUGAAUUUAAACUUCCAGGAUAUGCAACAAUUUUUCGUUGGAUGGUUGGUGCACCAAAUAAUACAAAUUUACCAGCUGAUAUUGACGAAUUAAAUAAAGUAUUACCAGUAAUAAAACAUAAACCAGAUGAAAUAGUAAAAACUUCACCCGGUUUACGUUUUAUAUGGAUUGGACAUGCAACAUGUCUUGUUCAAAUUGAUGAUUUUAUAUUUUUAACAGAUCCUGUUUUUAGUAAUCAAUGUGGUGUUGCAUCAAAAGUGGGACCAAAACGUUUUCGUCCACCAGCAUUAUCAAUAAAUGAUUUACCUGAUAAACUUGAAGCUAUAGUUAUAUCACAUAAUCAUUUUGAUCAUUUGGAUUAUCCAAGUGUUCAAAGUUUACAUGAACGUUAUAGAAAUCGAUUAACAUGGUUUUGUGGUAAAGGUGGACGACAAUGGUUUCUUAAUUGUCAUAUAGAAAAUGUAAUUGAACUUGAUUGGUGGGAAGAAUGGAAACAUCCAGAGAAAGAACAUGUUAGAAUAGCGUUCUGUCCAGCUCAACACUGGUAUCGUAUUCUUCUUCUGCUUCUUCUUUUUAUUGUUAUAAAUCUAUCAUUUGCUUUAUUUUUCAGGUCACGUCGUACUCUUUUUGAUUUAAAUAAAGCUCUUUGGGGUGGAUAUGCUAUAUGGAAUAAUAAUUAUAAAUUUUAUUUUGCUGGCGAUACUGGCUAUACUCAUAAUAUAUCUAUAUUUAAACAAAUAGGAAAGAAAUACGGUCCAUUUGAUUUAAGUGCUAUACCGAUAGGUGCAUAUGAACCUCGUUGGAUCAUGGAAGGACAACAUGUAUCACCUGAUGAAGCCGUGCAAAUUCAUAUUGAUACACAAACGAAAAAAUCUAUUGGUAUACAUUGGGCUACAUGGGCAUUAGCUAAUGAAUAUUAUUUAGAACCAAAAGAGAAACUUAUUAAAGCACUAGAAAAUAAUAAAUUAGAUUCACAAUCAUUUAUUGUUGUUAAACAUGGAGAAAUAGUUGACUUACCCGAGAACAACUAA